GCUAAGUGUCAACUUAUUCAAACUCAUCUCAUUGGUUGGAAUAAUCGCCGAAACGUGAGUAUAAAAAGCGAACACAACUAAAAAAGACGAUCAAUCCGCGUGAAAAGUAAGCUCAAACCUCAUUUGAAGAUUCUGUUUUACAUCAUCAAAAGGUUUUGAAUACUUUGGUGGCUGCUGUAGUGGAUUGCAUCUCUGAUUAUUAAUAUGAGUCUCAGUGGCCCUUCCGGUGGUAGAACUGGAAGAAGGACACUUGAGUUCGGAAAGACAUAUGUGGUAAAACCUAAAGGCAAACACCUUGCAACCAUUGUGUGGUUGCAUGGCCUUGGUGACAAUGGCUCGAGUUGGGCCCAGCUUUUGGAUACCCUUCCUCUUCCAAACAUCAAAUGGAUAUGCCCUACUUCUCCUUCUCAACCCUUGACCUUAUUUGGUGGCUUUCCGUCAAAUGCAUGGUUUGAUGUGAGUGACCUGUCUGAAGAUGCAAAACAAGACGUAGAGGGUCUUGAUUCUUCAGCUGCACAUGUUUUAAGUCUACUCUCGACUGAGCCCGCAGACGUCAAACUUGGUGUAGGAGGCUUCAGUAUGGGUUCAGCACUUGCUUUGUACUCUGCGGUUUCCUUUGCUAAUGGAAAACUUGGGAAUGGCGAUUCUUUCUCAGCCCGUUUGGAUGCAGUUGUAGGCCUUAGUGGCUGGCUUCCAUGUGCAAAGGAUCUAACGAACAAGGUAGAAAGUGAUGAAGCUGCAGCCCGAGCAUCGUCCUUGCCUAUUUUGCUUUGUCAUGGCAAAGCUGAUGAUGUGGUUCUCUUCCGCUACGGUGACAAGUCAGCUGAGAAACUAACUUCGACCGGCUUCCAAAACUUGACCUUCAAAACUUAUGACUCGCUCGGCCACUACACAAUGCCUCAAGAGAUGGACGACGUUUGUUCGUGGAUAACUUCAAAAUUAGCGCUCAAGGACGAGCCAUAAUUUCGUCCAACUGAAACAAAAUGGCAUAAAAAUGUGGCGGAAUAAUAUUUUGUGAUGUGAAAUAUGAAUUUUCUGAACGGCACUGUGCAUUAAAAAGUAUUAUUCAAUGGUUCGGGUUUUAUGAACUCAUUGCGUUCACAGCUUGUGGUGUACGAGUACUGUAAUUGUGAUUGUAAUUGUGUGUGACAUACUAAAAUCAUUAUCAUUGAAUGUAUUGAACUUGAGAUUUCUACCUUGGGUAGUUUGAAACCAGAGAAUUGCUUACUUAA